AAACGAUCGUGAGUGGAUCAUGAUCGGUGCAACACCGCAUGUCAACGAUGACGAAGGCUGCUCUGGCGGCAGGCGGCGCAAAAAGCUCCGUCUAACCAAAGACCAAUCGCAUCUUCUUGAAGAUAGUCUUAUAAAAAAAACCAUACCUUAACCCAUAAACAAAAACAAGAAUUGGCCACUUUUCUUAAGCUUAGUCAAAGGCAAGUUGAGGUGUGGUUUCAAAAUCGAAGAGCUAGGCCCCUCAACACCUAGGCACGGCACUGCGCAGACACCCUAAUUGUUCUUUCUCUCUCUCACAUUUCACUUCCAAAGGAUCAAGCGAAAAUGAAGACGACCAGUUCGAGCGUAGGAGGAACAAAGAGGAAGAUGUGGAGCCGAGGAGUGGGAGGAGUGGUUAGAGGGCAAAAGGCUAGACUUUACAUCAUAAGGAGGUGUGUCGUCAUGCUUCUUUGUUGGCAUGACUAAUAACAAAAGAAGAAACAAAUCAAAUCAUUUUCAUCAUCACCAUCAUUAUCGGCUUAAGGAAGACUAACCCAAUAUUUUGUUCUUUUGUUUGUCUUUUCGGUUGUUGUUGUUGCGGAUCUUGCUUAUAUAACCCUAGAGAAGAAGCUUAUAUGUAUUGGCUUUCUAUACGGAGCUAUGCAUGUAUUUUUUGUAGUUUUUUCAUCCCAAAGAAGGGGUUUUCAGAUGUAAAUUAUAGUAGCUAAUUUCGACUACCUUUUGUUGCUGUUUUA